AUGUCGGCGGUCGAGCUCGGUGCGGAGGAUCAGGGGUCGUGCCGGCUCAUUCAGUAUUACAAGGAUCUGGGCUUCGAGGGCACAUCUGAUCGCACCAUGUUUGGCGAACUGAGUAUGCGGGCACCCCUGCCUGCAAUCGCGCUCCUAGCACCCAGAGACUGGCUCCAAGCUCUGCCUGUGGAAGGAUGGAACGCUUGGGCCUGGCUCUGGGGCAUCUUCAACUGA